AUGAUCUCGGAGAAGCAUGGAGCGUGGGAGUUGAUAGCCGGUGGAGAGGGAGAAGAAAUUAGAAGGCUGCCCAAUUGUAAUCGAAGGCUGCCCGAGUGGGAUGGCUCUGGUCCGCGCCGGCGCAGAAGGGAUGCUGGCCGCCCUCGCCGCCCUCUCGCCGACGCCCGAGCCGACUUCUUCCGUGAUACCCGGCCCUUGCACGGGGCUGCCUGGAGAGGGCGUCGGAGGUGGUGGAGAGCUGCUCUCGUGGGGCGCCGACCCCGAUGCGCGGAUGCCAACGACGAGACUCCGCUGCACCUCGCCGCCGAGAACGGGCAGAAGGCGGUCGUGGAAGUGCUGCUGUCGGAGGGCGCCGACCCCAACGCAGGCAACUGGUUGGGCAACACGGCGAUGCACAGGGCCGCUUCUGGUGGACAUCGAGGGACACUGGAAGCUCUCAGGGCAAGCGGGGCCGACGUGGACCCCGUCAACAGCGCAGGCAACACGCCCCUCCACGAUGCAGCUUCAGAAGGGCAGUUUCUCGCGAUGGGCGUCCUGGUUGGGCUCGGGGCGUCGCCUAGCAAGAAGAAUAAGAACGAAGAGACUCCGCAGGACCUGUGGGAGAAACUAGCCGCUGAGAACUUCUUGAGAUCUAAACCCAACACACCGACGAAACUCUUCUUGAUGGCAUAUAAAUGCGCUGUGGCUGAGAAGGGAUGGAUGAUGGAGAUGCAGAACAAGUUCGAGGAGGAACUGAAGAAGAAGCAAGCAGAAAUCCAGAUGACAGAGGCUGAGUGCGAAGCCAAACUGCUGGGCGCGAACACAGCCUACAACGCCAAGGAAGACGAGGCAGCCGACCUGAAGAAGGAGAUCAGAGACCUGAGGUUAGAGAUCGGAAGAAAGGAAGACGAGAUCGCAGCUCAAAAGAACAAGUUCGAGGAGGAAUUGAAGAAGAAGCAAGCAGAGAUCCAGAUGACAGAGGCUGAGUGCGAAGCCAAACUGCUGGGCGCGAACACAGCCUACAACGCCAAGGAAGACGAGGCAGCCGACCUGAAGAAGGAGAUCAGAGACCUGAGGUUAGAGAUCGGAAGAAAGGAAGACGAGAUCGAAGCUCAAAAGUCUCGUCUGGAAGAAGAACUGCGCAAGAAUCGAGCGCUGGCGAGGCAGGUCAGAGAGAAGGAGACCGAGCUCACACAAGCCGAGGCAGAGCACGAAGAAAGGGUGAAAAGCCUCAAAAGGAGCGAGAAGAGGAAAGAAAAGAAGGCGGCAGAGGAGAAAGUGGAGCUCGAGAACAAGCUCAGGAGACGAGACAAGAGGAUCGAGACCCUGAAGAAAAAAAUCAAAGAUCAAGAAGGCGAUGGGGACGUCGACCCGAAACUCGAAGACGAUGACAACCUCUUGAAGAGAAUGAAGAGACUCUUGGCAGAGGAGGAAGAGAAGAACCAAAGACUCUCUUCGGUGAGCCACCGCGCCCCCGAGCCGACGGACCCCGACCAACCCUCGGCUUCGGGCAGGAGGAAGGCUUUGGAACGGCAGGCAGGGAACAAGACUCCACCAGCAGGGGCUUGUGAACGGCAGGCAGGGAAAGACUCCACCAGCAGGGGCUUGUGGAACGGCAGGCAGGGACAAGACUCCACCAGCAGGGGCUUGUGGAACGGCAGGCGGGAGAGACAAACCUCAGCAAGCAACUGGCAGAAGAGGCAAGACUGCGAAGGCACAAGAGGACGACGAGCCAGUGCAAGUCCUGAGCGUGAAAAUCUAUACGGCUGAUUAAGGGUCAACUAUUCCUAAGAUACCGCGAAAGAAAAUAAAAUGCUAUUGUUAA